UGUUAGAUACAUUUCGUGAAUGAUUCAGUGUCCUUGUAAAAAAGGAUUUCCUUUCUCAUUGAUAUUUCUUUUUAUUCUUUUGCAUUCUGAUAUUUAUGAUGUUACUUCUGUCCCAUUUGUUUCCAUGUUACAUCCUCUAGAUUGACCUGAGGAGGGCAAACAACACUGAAAUUAUGCUCACAAAAGUUAAGAUGCCGCUUCUUGAUAUGAUGGCUGCAGUGCUAGCGAUGGAUGAAUCAGUAUUAGAUGUUGAACAGGUGGAAAAUCUAAUAAAAUUUUGUCCUACUAAAGAAGAGAUGGAACUUCUCAAGGGUUACACAGGUGACAAGGAGAGCCUGGGAAAGUGUGAACAGUAUUUUAUGGAGUUGAUGAAAGUUCCUAGAGUGGAAUCAAAAUUGCGAGUGUUCUCUUUCAAGAUUCAGCUCAACUGUCAGAUUUCAGAAUUUAAAAAGAGUUUGAACACUGUGAACUCUGCAUGUGAAGAGGUCCGGAAUUCCCUCAAAUUAAAAGAUAUUAUGAAGAAAAUUCUUUUUCUGGGUAAUACUUUGAACCAAGGGACUGCAAUUCUAGUCAUAGAAAUUUAG